AGACAGUUGGGGGCUUGUCUGGACCGGGGACACCCCUUGUGUGUGUGUAUCUCUUAGCCUGUGUGAGAGGUGUGGAGCUGGGGCUGGACUUUGAGCUGGUGUGGGUGACGGUACCGGGUCUGGCCGGAACCUUUCUCUCUCCACAUGUUACGUGUGUUUAUCCUGUGUGCCCAGAAUGUGCUGACACCAGACGAGGACAUCAGCGAUGCCUACUGCUGCGUCACAUAUGAAGGGUCCAAGAAGAAGACGAAAGUUGUCAAAAACAAUGUUAACCCUGUCUGGAACGAGGGUUUUGAGUGGGACUUGAAGGGUGUACCUUUAGAUUCCGCUGCCGAUCUUCAUGUUGUCGUGAAGGACCAUGAAAAAAUGGGCAGAAAUAGGUUUCUGGGGGAGUGUCGUGUAUCUCUUAGAGAUGUGCUCAAUUCCCCCAACCUAGCAGCCACUUUCACUGUGUCCUUAUUAGACACCAAAAGGAACAACACAGGGGCCACAGUGACCCUGCAGAUUUCCUAUACGCCUCCCCCAGGGAUGGCACCUGUUUUUCAGCCUCCACCUCAGCCAGAGGCUGUACACACUCCAGUAGAACUAGACACUGUGACAGUUUUCUCAUUGGACACGAUGGGGGAGGAAGACACGGAGAGUAUGCUGAUGAUGGAAGCUACGGAAGAGCCGGAGCCGGUGCCCGGACCCCAGGGUCAGGAGCCUGGAGCCCCCGCGGCCCCACCCAAAAAGGCCCCUCCAAAUUUCACCCCUGGCUUAAAGAAGAAAAAACGUCAUGGUAGCAACAAAGCCCCACUGCCCAACAAACCCCAGGACCUACAGGUCAGAGUGAGAAUCAUUGAGGGAAGACAGUUGCCAGGCGUCAACAUAAAACCUGUCGUCAAGGUGACGGUGGGUGGACAGACAAAGAGAACACGGAUCAAGAAAGGCAAUAACCCUUUCUUCGAUGAGACGUUCUACCUGAACUUCUUUGAGACACCCUCAGAUCUGUUUGAUGAGCCCAUUUUCAUCACAGUCUUUGACUCCAAGUCUCUACGUACAGACUCGGUCAUUGGAGAGUUCAAGCUGGACGUAGGGAUGGUCUACAAUGAACACAGACAUGCUUUCCUCAGAAAAUGGUUGUUGCUGUCUGACCCCGAUGACCUCUCAGCGGGUGCCAGAGGUUAUCUGAAGGUCAGCCUCUUCGUCCUGGCGGCAGGUGAUGAGGCUCCGAUGGAUAAGAGGGAAGGUGUGGAGGAUAAAGAAGACAUUGAGGGAAACCUACUUAGACCAGCUGGACUAACUCUCAGAGGAGCCAUGUUCACUCUGAAAGUCUUCAGAGCUGAAGACCUGCCACAGAUGGAUGAUGCAUUCAUGGAUGGAAUGAAGCAGGUUUUAGGCUUUGACUCUAACAGGAAGAAUCUGGUUGACCCAUUGGUAGAGGUCAACUUUGCUGGAAAAACGAUCUGUAGUAAGAUACUGGAGAAGAAUGCGAACCCCCAGUGGAACCAGAGUCUCACUUUACCAAUCAGGUUUCCUUCCAUGUGUGAAAAGAUGAGAAUUCGCAUUUUAGACUGGGAUCGUGCCAGUCACAAUGAUGUUAUUGGAACGACGCAUCUGUGCAUGUCAAAGAUCUCUGCUCCAGGAGGAGAAAUAGAGGUGGAUGACAAUCUGGGUUUCUUGCCCACCUUUGGUCCCUGUUAUGUGAACCUGUACGGGAGUCUGCGGGAAUUCACUGCCUUCUCAGACCCUCACGAAGUACUGAACCUGGGCAAGGGUGAGGGUGUGGCCUACCGUGGGCGGGUUCUGUUGGAGCUGAGCACUAAGCUGUCUGAUCGUGUGGAGCAGAGGGUGGAGGACAUCUCUUCAGAUGAUCUUCUCGUCGUAGAGAAAUUCAUGCGGAAGAGGAAGUACUCCCUGUUUGCUGCGUUCUACUCUGCCACUCUUCUGCAGGAUGUGGAUGAUGCCUUGCAGUUUGAGGUCAGCAUCGGUAACUACGGCAACAAAUUUGACUACACCUGUCUCCCCCUGGCCUCCACCACCCAGUUCAGCCGAUCUGUAUUCGAUGGCUGUCAUUAUUACUACCUGCCCUGGGGACAUGUUAAACCAGUGGUGGUCCUGUCCUCAGAGUGGGAGGACAUUAGUCCUCGCAUUGAGGCUCUGAACCAGCUGCUAUGCGCCGUUGAGCGUCUGGAAUCCAAUCUGGAGAAAGUGCAGCUUGAGAUCAAAGCAGGAAGUGACCUAGAGGAAGUGGAAAUAACAGUUGUACAGCUGCUUGAUGAUGUCAUUACUGACUGCAGUGAAGAGCUGCCUAAGCUGGAUGACUGGCCGUGCGUGACCCCUCUGGACAAGGCUUUGAGGCACCUCCGAAAGAUCAACAUGAAGCAAAUAGAGCAGGCGGCGCUGUCACUCAAACACGGGCCUGCCACUGAUCUGAGUACAGUGUUAGAGCAGGCAGAGGACUGGGCAGUCCGUCUGCGGAACCUCGCAGAGGAGCCCCAGAACAGUCUUCCAGAUAUAGUGAUCUGGAUGCUCCAGGGGGACAGGAGGGUGGCCUACCACAGGAUUCCUGCCCACCAGGUGCUCUUCUCCCAGGGCUACUGUGGCAAACACUGUGGGCAGCUCCAGACCAUCUUCAUGAAGUACCCUCAGGAUGGUGGUGGAAACCCUAAGAUUCCAGCUCAGUUGCGAGUGAAGGUCUGGUUUGGUCUGGCGGCUGAUGUCAAACAUUUUAACCAGUUUGCUGAGGGGAAGCUGUCUGUCUUUGCAGAGACUUAUGAAAAUCAGACUAAGUUGGCUCUGGUGGGGAACUGGGGGACAACCGGACUGACCUACCCCAAAUUCAGUGACGUGACCGGCCGAGUAAAGCUGGUCAAGGAGAGCUUCCAGCCGUCUUCAGGCUGGACGUGGGCGGGAGACUGGGUCAUUAGCCCAGAGAAGACCAUGCUUCACGAUGUGGACGCCGGUCACAUGACCUUUGUGGAGGAGGUGUUUGAGAAUCAGAUGAGAUUGCCUGGAGGACAGUGGAUCGGGAUGCCUGAGGGAUACACAGACGUGAAUGGAGAGAAAGCUGUGCCUAAAGAUGAAAUUGAGUGUCCACCAGGGUGGGUGUGGGAAGACGUGGAGUGGAGCGAAGAUCUGAACCGGGCUGUGGACGACCAAGGGUGGGAAUACGGGAUCACCAUCCCUCCCGACCGCCGACCCAAAUCAUGGGUACCUUCGGAGAAGAUGUACCACACCAACCGGCGCCGGCGCUGGAUCCGCUUACGCAGACGGGACCUGCAGAAAAUGGAGGCACUGAAAAAGCAGCGUCCAGAUGACUCAGAGCGUGAGGGUUGGGAAUACGCCUCUCUGUUCGGUUGGAAGUUCCACCUGAAGCAGCGCAAGACCGAUUCGUUCCGCCGCCGCCGUUGGCGACGCCGCAUGGAGCCUCUGGAGAAGACUGGACCAGCCGCCAUCUUCGACUUGGAGUGCUCACUGGGAAGUGUUACAGAUGACAAGAGUGAUGAUAAGUCUGUGACCACAACUUUUGGCGUCAACCGGCCUACCAUCUCAUGCUAUUUUGACAGUGGGACCCGCUAUCAUCUUCGCUGUUACAUGUAUCAAGCGAGAGAUCUAUUAGCCAUGGACAAAGACAGCUUCUCAGAUCCCUAUGCCAUUGUUUCCUUCCUGCACCAAAGCCAGAAGACCGUGACUGUUAGAAACACACUCAAUCCUACCUGGGACCAGACCCUCAUCUUCUAUGAAGUGGAGAUAUUUGGAGAUACCCAAGUGACGGAAAAGAGCCCGCCAAACAUUGUUGUGGAGCUCUAUGAUCAGGACACCUAUGGGGCAGAUGAGUUUAUGGGGCGCUGUAUUUGCCAGCCUUCAAUGGCGACCUCUCCUCGUCUUGCCUGGUACCCAAUCAUGAAGAACGGAAAAUCAGCCGGUGAGCUGCUCGCUGCCUUCCAGCUCAUCCGAAGAGAUAAGCCUGCGGUUCAUCACCUUCCCGGUCUGGAGGGAGACAUCCUGCCACCCACACACAUUAUGGACGAGCCAGAGGACACUGACCUGCCGUACCCUCCUCCCCAGAGAGAGCCAAACGUUUACAUGGUGCCCCAGGGCAUCAAACCUGUCUUACAGCGCACAGCUAUUGAGAUCUUAGCAUGGGGUCUGCGUAACCUAAAGAGUUAUCAGAUGGCGAGUGUGACUUCACCCAGUCUUCAGGUGGAGUGUGGAGGCUGCAUGGUACAGUCCUGUGUCAUCCGCAACGCCAAGAAAAAGCCCAACUUUGACGUCAACACACUCUUAAUUGACGUGCGGCUUCCUAGGGAAGAACUCUACAUGCCCCCCAUCGUCAUCAAAGUGAUCGACAACCGUCAGUUUGGCAGGAAGCCGGUUGUGGGCCAGUGCACCAUCCGCUCUCUGGAAGAGUAUCGCUGUCAGCCUGAGAGUCUGGAGAGAGACCCCACAGAGGAAGAACUUGAUGAGAUCCCUCACACUCCUCGUGAUGAAGUUCUGAUUGACAUAGACGACAAGGAGCCUCUUAUCCCUGGACAGCUGGCAGACGGCACAAGUUCUGCCAUCAUUAACAUCUCCAGCUCUAGAUCCAGUCUCCAUGAGGAUGAGUUUAUGGACUGGUGGAGCAAGUUCUACGCUUCCACAGGCGAAAGAAACAAGUGCGGGAACUACCUGGAGAAGGGUUUUGACACCCUGCAGGUUUACGACAGAGAGCUGGAGAAAGUGGAGGGACUUGAGAAUCUGGCGGAUUUCUGUCAGACAUUCAGGCUUUACCGCGGACGCACCCAGGACGAGAGCGAGGACCCCUCCGUCGUAGGAGAGUUCAAGGGCAUGUUUAAAAUCUACCCCCUGCCGGACGACCCCUCCGUACCUCUUCCGCCACGUCAGUUCCACCGUCUGCCCCCCAGCGGCAUCGAGGAGUGUCUGGUUCGCAUUUACAUCAUACAGGCCCAUGGCCUCCAACCCAAAGACGCCAACGGCAAGUGUGACCCUUACAUUAAGAUUACGCUGGGCAAGAAAUCCAUCAGCGACCAAGACAACUACAUACCCUGCACCCUGGAUCCUGUGUUUGGAAAGAUGUUUGAACUUACAUGUGCUCUGCCUUUGGAGAAAGACCUGAAGAUUGCACUGUACGAUUAUGACAUGCUGACCAAAGACGAGAAAAUCGGAGAGACCGUCAUCGAUCUGGAAAACCGUUUCCUGUCCAGACACGGCGGCCGUUGCGGUCUCCCGCAAUCGUACUGCCUGUCUGGAGUCAACCAGUGGAGGGACCAGCUGAAACCCACCCAGCUGCUCCAGCGCCUGUGCGAGAGGAGAAAUUAUAAACUGCCCGUCUACAAGCAAGACAGAAUCUACUUCAAAGGCCACGAGUACACCGCUGCAGACUUGGAUGACGCCAAGCCUCUCAAUCCUCAUCUGGGGCCUGUCCAGGAGAGACUAGCCUUGCUGGUCCUGAGAAGACAAGAUCUGGUACCUGAACACGUGGAGACUCGCCCCCUCUACAGUCCCCUUCAGCCUGAGAUAGAACAGGGCCGGCUACAGUUGUGGGUAGACCUGUUUCCCAAAUCAUUGGGUCCCCCAGGACCACCUUUUAACAUCACCCCUCGCAAAGCCAAAAAGUUCUUCCUGCGCUGCAUAAUAUGGAACACUAGUGAUGUCAUACUGGAUGAUGUCAGUGUUACUGGAGAGAAGAUGAGUGAUAUCUAUGUAAAAGGCUGGAUGCUCGGACACGAAGAGAACAAGCAGAAGACAGACGUGCACUACCGCUCGCUUGGCGGAGAGGGCAACUUCAACUGGAGGUUUCUCUUUCCCUUCCACUACCUGCCUGCGGAACAGCUGUGUUCUGUUAACAAAAAGGAGCACUUUUGGAGUCUGGACAAAGCAGAAACUAAACUUCCACCAAAGCUCACCAUCCAGAUCUGGGACAAUGACAAGUUCUCCUUUGAUGACUACCUCGGAUGUUUGGAGUUGGAUCUGAAUCACAUGCCAAGGCCGUCGAAGUCUCCUGAGAAGUGCAGCCUGGACCUGUUAUCUCAGACCUCGGAAAAACUGGUGUCUCUUUUUGAGCAGAAGACUGUGAAAGGCUGGUGGCCUUGUAUAUGUGACAGCAAUGGGGAGAAGAUUAUAGCUGGAAAGGUGGAGAUGUCACUGGAGAUAGUAUCAGAGCAAGAGCAGGAGGAAAGGCCAGCAGGGCUGGGCAGGGAUGAACCCAACAUGAACCCCCAUCUGGACGAACCACAGCGUCCUGAGACUUCCUUCUUCUGGUUCUCCUCUCCAUACAAAACAUGGAAAUAUAUUGUCUGGAGGCGGUUUAAAUGGGUUAUUCUGGGCCUCAUUGUCCUCUUCUUCAUCUUGCUCUUCCUUGGAGUCUUCCUUUACUCUUUCCCUAAUUACGCUGCUAUGAAGAUGGUGGGUCCCUUUGGGGGUCAAGGGAAAGGGACGCAGUGAGACAACCGAUCGGAUGGCGCUGCGCCGGGGAGGGAGACUGAAGCCAAGCUGUUCAUCAUUCAUAUCUCAACCAGCCAUGCCUACAUGCAUCCACACAACACCUCCAACGCCGUCCUCUCCGUCAGGGGGGGGCGGAGACGGACCACAGCAGCGAAUGUCGCUCCGACUGUGCCGCAGUUUAUGCAUCUGAAGUCAUCCACACAAUGCACUGAUCUCCACUCGGUUAUCCAUGAGUUAUUAAUGUCAUUUAUGUACAUCUGAGGUUGGGGGCUCAUGACCCGCGUGAGUCGGAGGUGAAUUGCGGGUAAUGUGGUUAUUGGAUGAAGUGCCUGACGACCUGUUGAAAGUAUUUGUCUGUGCGUACGUGUACGGCUGUGUGUGUGUGUGUGUGUGUGUG